AUGAUAUUCUCAGAGUGGAGAUUAGUUUUCCAGACAUUCACAGGCAUUCACAGUGAUAUACAUGUUGAUGAUAGGUUCACGCACAGCCUCAUCUACCACACAGCAUUUAUGUUGAUAUUUACGGAGCCUGGCGAUAUCUACCAGAAUGUUCUUUCCGCGGCCACCUCAACCUUUCUGGCACUGGCGUCAACUUAUCCUCUGACUGGCAAAUUUGGUCGAAAGAAGGCAUUCGUAAUUUUCAUGAUAGUGCCGAUGUCUGCCCUUGUUGCUGAGAUCGUGUUUUACGGUCUUGGCCUGAGGCUAAGGAACGUAACCAUGGGUGUGAUCAUACUCGCGGGGGCAUACUACAGAGCCCUAGAUCUAUUGGUAGGAAAGUACACCAACGAAAUCUUCCCGGGACCAUUGCGAAAUCAUGCUGUUAGACUUGGUUGCGUCUCUGCAAGAUUUGCAGCCGUCCUUGCUCCUGUUGCGGCCUAUUUGGGCAAUAUAAGGAUUUGGGUUUACCCCUUCAUCAUCUGCUUCGUCUUUGCCGUCAUCAGUGCGGUUCUGAUCAUGGCAAGCUGGCCGGAGACUGGUAAGAAAGUCUUGCUGGACCUUCCUCCGCCGCCAAUAGCAAAAGGUCACAAAUCGUCUGAAAACCUACAUGACAAAGCGCACCAUGUCGGAAACGGUAUGGAAAAGGACAGAUUGGAGUACAGCGAAAUGAAAGAAAGGAAUGGGGAUGCUGAUGACAUUGCACUGGAAAUGGACGAUGCCUAUCUGAAGACUAAAGAUGCUUAAUUUCCAUCAAAUCUGAGACGAAGGGCCUUUUCCAGAGUGAACAGCUAUGGACAAUGAAAAGAGUUGCUUGUUCGUCUUGUACAAGAUGAUCUCUAUGUUAACCCGGUAUACGGUGAUAAUGUUACCAUUUAAUUCUAUCGAUAUAUCUACAUGUAUGCAUGAAAGUCUCAAACAAUUAACUUGGUGCUAUACGUUGGAUCAUUGGACGAUUUCAUUAACAUUAUGUAGAACGUUGGCCAGGUUGGCUUUCAUCAUCAUACAUGUAAAAAAGGAAUUAUUGUAGGGUCGGCAAGAACCAGAUGCUGUAUACGGACACCAGUCUGUGGUUAGAGUUUCUAUUAUCUGUUUCGACACGAUGGCAGCUUCGUUUCAUCACUGACCAGCUACAAA